AUGUCCAUCAACUGGGUCAUGCUUCAUGAACGAGACGGCUUCGUUCGUCUCCCUAAUGAACGCAUGAUCUAUUCUUCGCCUCCACGCACCACACUAGCCCUUACGCCACCCUCUGGCUACAAAGGCAGUGAAACCCUCUCCAUCCAGAGCGGCGCUGGUAGUAUUCAUCUGACCAACCAACGGGUUGUCUACCUCCCCGCCCAAAAGUCCAAUGACUUCCAGUCCUUCUCCGCUCCGUUGCUUAAUGUCCGCGAUUCCCACGUUUCUGCGCCUUUCUUCGGUCCGAAUGUCUGGACAGCUCUUGUCCAGCCCGUCGCGGGCGGUGGCAUUUCUCCGUCCCUGCCCGCCGUCCAAAUUAAGGUGACCUUCAAGGAAGGAGGUGCCUUUGAUUUCCACACCAAUUUUGAGCGAAUCCGGGAGCGGUUAGAACAAGCAGUGGAGAACAUUGGUGACGGUGUGAGAGGAAUGCAAGCCGUGGACCUCUCUGCGGUGCACCUGGAUGAGCUGCCAGCCUACGAUGGCCCACGGGAGACAGUGCCGCCUCCAAUCACCGACACAGUUUCACCAAGGCCACAGCACGUUCGUCAACCCUCCACGGCAGGCGCUGAGCCUGCAGAGCCACCACCAUGCUAUGAAGAGGUGCAAUCUCAGAGCGUAGCUCAAGAGCUGGAAGACAGACUCCGACGCGCCGGCUAG